AUGGACAAGAAGACUUCGCCCCUAUAUAAUGGCACGAUAUCGCCCGACAUAGAUUGGGCCAGUUCAGAACUGCCCAUCGGACAACGGCGACUGUCUUAUGGCGUGUUGGAGAAGAGUUUGACUUUUGCCGGUGGGUUCGUCGGUUCUAUGGCGCUGACGUUCCCGAUGAAUUUGUUGCUAUCAAGAUUUGGAGCACAUAAAGUCAUGACAGUUGUAGGCGCCAUAAGCACCAUAUUGUGUGCCAUUGCACCAGUUGUCAUGUGCUGGUCGUUCCCAGCAUUUGUAAUUCUACGGGGUAUAACAAUCUCAAAUACAUUCCCAGUUGCUGGAGCAAUUGUGAACGACUGGGCCAGUACUCAUGAACGUGGAACGUUUGUAGCCGUACUUUCAGCUUGGACAGAACUCUCAGCCCUAUUUACAAUGCCAGUCAGUGGUGCUGUGGCCACUUCAGUGGGCUGGGAUAUCAACUUCUAUAUACAUGCUGCAAUUUUAGGAGGAUUAACGAUACUUUGGGCUCUAUACUUUAGAAAUUCGCCCUCUGGGCAUCCAUUUGUGGCUCGCAAAGAAUAUCAGAAAAUUACGUUUGGCAAACCGCCAAAAUCUGGAAAGCUAGUUAACCCCGUCCGACGAAUCUUCAGGUCACUAGUGAUCUGGGCAGUAUGGAUCGCUGUCAUAGGAAAUUUUCUCGUUUCACAAUUUACGAUCUCUUAUUCACCUCUAUAUCUUUCCUACACAUUAGGGUUCCCAAUUACUACUGCCGGGGUUCUCACUAUUGCUCCCAUGGGCGGUCUGUUAGCAGUGAAGAUGUUUACCGGACUUGCUUCGGAUAAACUUACCUGCAUACCUGAAGUGGCCAAAAUUCGAAUUUUCAACACUGUAGCCCUACUUGGUUCUGGAAUGUUCUUCAUUCUGCUUACUAUGAUAUGUCCAACAGGAAACGCUGGCGAUGUUAUUUUGAUCAUAAUCCCAGUGGCCUUGCUAGGAUUCUCAUCUGGAGGUUACUCCAAAUGCGCUGUGCUCGUAUCUCGGCAAUAUUCUCCGUUUGUGAUGUCAAUUGUACAGAUUGUCGCCUGUCUUUCACUGUUAGUGGGCUCAUUCGUCGUACCGGCUAUCACAAAGGAUGACACAUUCGAUCAGUGGCGAACGGUGUUCCUUAUCUACGCGCUCGUUCUUACGUUCUCAAACACGAUCUUCAUCGCAUUUGCGAGUGCUGAACCCGCUAAAUGGACUAUGCAACCGUUAUCAGCCACCGUUGCUCCCGCGGAAGAGCCAAAGGAAGCAGCAAACGGUGUAAAGUCAGACAAAAUCAUUCCACCACCCCAACAUAAGGAUGAAAUUGUUGUUGAACAAGCUUAA